AUGGCUGCCUUUAGACCAACACCACCUCUAAUACAGACAGAAUUACAAAUACCCUCCUCUAACGGAGACUCGAGGUCAGACGAGGCAGAAGAUGACGAGGUUAUUUCAGAUGACGAUGAUCAAGUCGACCAGCUAGAAUCGGACGAAUCAGAUGGGGAAGACGAGUCUGCUGAAGACCAUUGCCAUCCUGGUGAAGGAAGACGACACCCGGGACAGCCCUUACUACCAGCCGUGCGGAUAGAAAACAUACUGCACGCCGAUGGUGUAACUGGCAGCCUUGCGCUAUCUAAAGAAGGUCUCUUCAUUGUUUCAGCUGCUACAGAAGAAUUCAUCAAACGAUUAGCUCAAGGUGGGCACCGACAGGCCAACUCGGAGGUCAGAAAUACUGUCACGUAUCAAGAUUUGGCAAAUACUACCCGGCAAUACCAAGAAUUCAUGUUCCUUACUGACAUGAUCCCCUCCCCUAUACCGCUUGCUGAAGCUCUAGAAUUGCGCCAGGAACGAAUUCGUUCCAUGUUUAGUGAAGAUGAAUCUUCGACUACCACCACUGCUCUUCCACGACCUCAGCAAAAUCACCACCCUCCCAAUCACAACCAUGCUGAAACAUCCACAUCACCUAAAUCCAAACCAAAGCCUCGUGCGAAUGGAAAGGAGAAAACGAAUGGGUUUGUUCAUACAACAGCACAACCUCCUGCACCCAAUGGACCUGCACACGGGACACCUGCUGUCCUUGACGCUCGACCAUGGACGCACUGGUCUGAACCCAUUACAUUUCAAACAACUCGCCCCACGCCGAUUCCUGUUCCCUCCACAGAUAGCAAUACAGCACACAGCUCACAACUCCGUUCCUCCGAGGAAAAGGAUUCACCACGACACCCUCCUGCACAGCUGGCCGGUCCCGCGAGCGGAUUCAUCACAGCUACAAACAGCAUUUCUCUCAGUGGAGAAAACCAAAAUACGGGACGCACCAUUUACUCCCAGAAAUCCUAG